AUGCUCGUUGGCAUUUUAUUGGCAAUUCUUGUCGCAUUUGUCUCGUCGAUUUCGGCCGAAUGUGAUGUUUCAACAAUCCCUGAUGCACAGAAAGAUCUUGCUCUUCGUGUUUGUCAUUUGGAGGUCAGUUUUUUCAUUGUUUCUAAUUUGAUAUUUAAUUUUUAUGAAUGAAUUAAUUUUUUUUAAUUUCAGGAUGAAUUGAGCGUUGUUCAAAGAGCUUUGCAAGAAGUGAUGCAAAGAACUGAUAUCACUCUUGAUGACGCUGCUCCAAUUCUCAACAAACGUAAAAAUGAAUUUAUCAGAUUUGGAAAACGCAGUGGAGAGUUAGUUUAUCUCUUCUUUUUUUUCUUAAAAUCUUCAUCCCAAAAUAUUCGUAUAUUUUUCCAGAGUUGAUAAGAGAAAAAACGAGUUCAUCCGCUUCGGCAAACGAAAAAAUGAAUUCAUCCGAUUCGGACGAUCUGAUCCAGCUCUUUAUGAUGAUGUGUCCAGUAAGUCUUGGAAAACAUUAGAUUAUCUUUUAUUAUUAUAUUUUUUCAAUAAUGUAUUUUUUUCAGUGGAAAAGAGAAAGAACGAAUUCAUCCGAUUUGGAUAA